AUGACACACAACGUCCGUUACCAUCUAGCAAGCAAUCUAGACACUUGUUUUGAUGUUAUGUCAUGUAAUUAUCUCACACAACACCUUCACUCUUUCACUCUGAGAGUCUCUAUUGAUCGUUUCAGAGAGAUUGUACCGCCCGGAAAUAAAGAACGUGCAGGAAAAGUUGAGAUGAAUAAUAAAAAUUCUGAAUGGCAGACUUCUCAACAGAGAAACGACGUCGGGGCAGUCGAAGAGUGGUCAUUAAAACUUUGCGAAGAUUGA